UUUGAUCUCCUCUUCCCCCUCUGAAAAUACAGACAAACCAAAAAAAGGCUAAAUAACAAAACAAAAAAAAAAACAAAAAAAACAAUAUACUAACAAACAAAUAGCAGAAGCAAACGUAAAAGUAAAAAGUAAAAUAUAGAGAAAAACAAAAUGUGUGCAAUUCACGCGAAAAAUCCGACAAAAAUUCCCAUUGAAAAAAAAUUAUACUACAUAUAAUUAAGAGGUGCGCGCAACAACACUGUGAGCAACAAAGUAACGGAAAAAUUAAAAAUAAAAUAAACAAAUCAAAAAGUGACAAACACUUUAAAAAUAAGGCGAAUCUCCAAAUAAACAAAAAAUAAUAACAAAGAAUCUUAAUUAACGUGAAACGUCAAAGCAAAAUAAUAACGAGGCGUAUAAUUAAUUGAAUACCUUCCACAUUCCACACUAGAUUCUUAUGGCGUAGCGAGUAAGGCAAAUAAUAAAUAAAUGAAAAUUAAAAAAAUUGUGCAAAUAUUCUAAAGUACAUAAAGCAAACCGAAAAUAGUAUAAAGGUGUGUAGAAAAUAGAAAAGAAGUGUGAAGAAGAAUAGUAAAUUAACUGCAUGGAAAAAUUUUCAAACAAAAUAUUCGAAAAAUAUAAUGAUAGAUAUUAAUAAAAUAGCAAACAGUUUUGAAAAAUUUCCAUCGCUCAAACAAAAAUGUGGUGACCAUGCUGCUGUAUCAGUGCAGCAGCAACAAAAACAACAACUGACCAACUCCAAUAAUAUCACCCACAAAGCAGUAGCAGCAGGAACGGAACCAAAAGCCGCAGCUAAAAACUUGAAAUUAUCAAUUAAAAACACAAAAACAACAACAAAUACUAAUACAUCCGUUGCAAAGGGCAAGGCGGAAGCAGACCGGAAAUUUCCCCUUCUCGGUAGGCGUGCUGCUUCCGUCAGCAGCACGCGCAACAUCAAAGGCGGCAAUAAUAAUAGUAAUAGCAACAACAACGGCCACAAUAAAACCAAUAAUAGCUACGACAACAAUCCGGUGCGCGCCGCCAAUAAGCCGUUCUUUCUGGUACCGCAAUUCCAAGAUCAAAACUUUUUGAAGGAGGAAUGUGAAUUGGCACAUGCGCAAGUUGCACCACCAAACGAUCAGAAGCGACAACAUCAUAAAAGUGGCGUACCGGCCAUUGACCGUGUAACUGUACACAACGGCGAACUUAAUAAUAUUAAAAACAACAACAAUACCAAUAUUAGUAAUCACAAUAGGUUGAAUAGCGUCGACUUGGCCAAAAUUAAUAACAACAUCAACAUCCGCAGCAACAAUUCCUAUUCUAUAAACUGCAUUAUCGGUGGCAAUAGUCGACCAAAAACAGCAACAGCAGCGUUGGCGGCGGUAACAACUAAUGGCAUGCGACGCAGCGGUGGCGUCACCGCCAACCCUAGCGUCAACAUCAGCCAGCAUCAUCACCAUCACGUCAGUUCAGCGUCUGCGUCAGCGGCGGUGGCGACAACAACGACGACGGCGACGGUGGCGUCGACACUAAAUGCCACUUCGUCAAAAAGUGCCGCAAUUGAUACCACCGUCCACAAGGUCGACAUUGUUUUCAAUAAUCGGCUGCAGAAUCAAUUGAACGGCAGUGGCCGUUUUGUUGCGUCCAAAAGUCCGAAACAGGCGCAGCAGCAUAUGUUCAACGUUUCGCGUCCGCUCACCAGUACAACACUAAUCGCUACAACAACAGCGCGCACAACACCAACAACCACCACAGUUGGUGGUGGCGUAUCUGCGGUGCCAGCGACUAAGCUAAGUAACGGCCAAAUUAAAUUGGUGCGUCCGCUAGUGCACCGCACCAUUCCAUCGACUGCGGUGGCUGUUGUGAACGCCGCGGCAACGCGCGACAACGUCAACGCUUACUCCAAUAAGCUGUUCAAUAGUUACGGAAGCAACAGCAAUCGUUUUAGCAAUAAUAACAAUAAUAAUAAUAACAACGGCGUUGGCGUCGUCGGUAACGUCAACGGCAGCAAUAAUAAUAUUUGUAGCAAUAGCACAGGAGGUAGUGCCAACGGUGUCAACGGCAUGCAGCAUACGCUAGAGCACGACGAUAUUAAGUAUAUAGAUAGCGAUGACGCGCCGACUACGAUGGCACAUGCUUCCGCAGCCACUGCCACUACAACCACAAGCGGUGGCGCGCAGUCGGAGCGGAAAACGCAACUGCGUUGUGAGCAGUUGUGUUGUCAGCAUACCAAUAGCGCGACGCCUGCAACAGCCACGCUUGCAAGUGCUGGUGGUAGUGGUAGUGGCAGUGGUGGUGCGCCACUCAAGUCGCGCAUGCGUCCUAAAUCGACCAUUAUAUGUUCAACAAGCAAUCUCGUUUUCGAGAAAAUCAACAACUACAAGUAUGCCAACGGCAGCGCUGGCGGUGGCGGCAGUAGUGCGGCCAAAUUUGUCGCCGAAGCAGCUGCAGCGCGCCGGCAUGAGCUCCGGCACAGCAUCGAUUCAAAUAGUAUCAGGGCCUCCAUUGAGAAGUUCGAUAGUUUUAGUGAGCAUAAACGCACUGGAGUCGAUCAAGUGACUCUGCGCUCACAUGGUGGCAGCGGUAGUACCAGUAAUUUACAGCAUCACCGCCACAGCGGCAGCGAAUUUGAUCACGCCACCGGUAGCGGCAGUUUACUGAGACUAGCGCAAAGCGGUGGUGGUUCGUUAACAAGAGCGCCCUACCGUACGGUGUCGCCUUCGCCAGCAUCAGCCUGUAAAGUAACUGCCACAAUGCAUGGACCGGCGUUGGCGGCCUGUUCGACUGGGUCGUCUUCAUCGUCCACACGCACCAUGAAUAGUAGUAGCUGCGCCAGCAGCACUAAUAGCUUGCCAAUGAAAAGUGUUGGGAGUGUUGUUGCUGCCACAACCACAGCUGCUGCCGUUGCCACCAAUCGUCAUCAAGAAGUGUCGCUUUUGCGUACGUCGGAACGCACCGCUCCUACCGCGUUGUUGCAUAACAAAGAUGCAGCGCCACCAACAAAGCAGGCGGAAGCGAAAAUGAUGAAUGGCGAUGUGAAGAAGUGUGCGAACGCGGAGACGAACGGUGUGUGCGAUGGCGCCGCCGGAGAUGUCGAAAGUAUUCGCAGCACAGCCCUCAGGAGUAUACCUCCACCGCCACCGUCGCCUACAGCAUCACGUUAUUGGGACCGUGAUAGUCGCACAACAACGUCAUCUGCGCUCUCCUCGUCCCCAUCGUCGACGACCAAUUACAUAGACGAUGUGAGCAAGUCGAAGUCGAGCGAUGAAAAUAGCGAAGGUUUGUGCGGGCUGAGAAAUAUCGGAAAUACUUGUUUUAUGAACUCUGUCAUUCAGUGCCUGAGUCACACAAGCGAAUUAACGAAAUUCUUGCGAACAUAUAAUGGCUCACGUUCCGCAAGUUCGAAGGAUCAACAAAUCUUGCAAGAGUUUUCUAAACUGAUUCGCGAGAUGUGGACCAGCAAUGUGCAUAGUGUCACGCCAAUGGACCUGAAGCGCGCAUUUUCCUCCAAACAUCGCAUGUACAGUGACUAUAACCAGCAGGAUGCACAGGAGUUUCUGCGUUUCUUUCUUGAUUCCCUGCAUAGCGCGCUCAAUUCGGGUGUAAAAGGCGAACAUUUGAAAAUCGACGAUAACCUUAGCGACAAUAAAAAGGCCGAUCUAACGUGGGAAUGGUACUCCCGUCACGAAAACUCUCUCAUACGCGACCUCUUCGUCGGCCAGCUAAAGAGUACAUUACGCUGUACCACCUGUGGCAAUACGAGCGUCACCUUCGAUCCGUUUUGGGAUUUGAGUGUAUCGUUGCCGUCAUCGUCGCGUUGCAAGCUAGAAUCUUGCCUCGAUUUAUUUAUUCGCGAAGAGGUAUUGGAUGGCGAUGAAAUGCCAACCUGUGCGAAAUGUCGCCAACGAAGAAGAUGUACGAAAAGCUUUACCAUACAACGAUUUCCCAAAUACUUGGUUAUACAUUUGAAGCGCUUCUCGGAGACUCGUUGGAGCAAGUUGUCUAACAUUGUCGAAUUCCCGACUGGUGAACGAGAAUUGAAUAUGGCCUCAUACGGAUCGAACCCCAAUACGAAUAUAUACUAUUCACUGUAUGCGAUUUCAAAUCAUAUGGGUUCAACCGCUGGUGGUCAUUACGUGGCGUUGUGCAAACACCCGGUCUCAAGAAAGUGGCAUGAGUUCAACGAUAAUAUUGUAAGCGAUACGCUGUCCGAAAAUAAUCUAGUUUCAUCCAGUGCCUAUAUACUGUUCUAUGAGCGAGCAAAAACGGAACUGGCCAUGGACGCUGCUACAACAAAACAUAAGAAAAGAGUGCAAAAGAAUGGCAAACAUAAUGGAAAAUAUUAUAGGAAUGCUUUGAACAAUACAAGAGCGUUUGGUUGAAAGUAUGGUCGCCACGGUUCAACAAAGGCCCUUAAUAAACAACUCGCAUCUAAUCACCCAUUUAACAAACUGCUACUUAUCUACUCCAAUAAUACCUACUCUUAUUUUUUAUCUUGUACUAACGUCCAUAUACUACCAUGCAUGCAUACAUAAUUACUACUAAAACACAUUUCUAAAACUAUUUAUGAUACUAUCUAAUACUGCAGAAAAUUCUAUCCUACACUAAUGGCAUAUUUUAUAUGCGAAAAAAAAGAACCUAAAUCAAACAAAAAAGUUGCAAAAAGACUCCGUUUCCUACUACAACUACUCUACACUUGAAACUAUGACAAAGAAAAAUCAUACAGCGUGCAACUUGUAACACAUUUUUUCUCUUAAGUAGUUGGUUGGAGUACCAACAAUGUGACGAUGAUGAUUUUUACAAGCCAAAAUUUGUAAAUCUCUACGUGUAAAUGUGCAAUUUUCGAUCGAGUCCAAAGAUAUAUACAAAUAUGCAUAUAAUAUAUAUUAUAUGUAUAUACAAUAUGUAUAGAUACUGUACUUGUAUAAAUGUAAAAAGGAACAAAGCAAAAAGAAAAAAAUAUGUGCUGAUAUACUAAAAAUAGUAAAGAGGGAAAUUAAAUCAAAUAACAGUGUGUGCAAGCGAUUAACUAAAAGCGAAUCGUUUUAUGUAAUAAUUGGAUUUAUUUUUUAUAAGCUUUGUGUAUGUGUGUAUAUGCUUGGACACUAAAGGAAAUAAAGUCGUAUAUAACCAUUGUAGAAGUCGACUCUAUUUCGUUUAUUGGUGGGGCUCUGUAGAUAGUUAUGUACAUGUGCAUGUAGGUAUGCAUAUUAGACAAAAUUGGUUUUAUUUUAAGUGUUUGAAUUUAUAUUUAGUUUUUAAACGAAAUGUAGUAACACUUGAGUGCGCUUUGUUUUUAUUACUAAUAAACAAUAAUGUAAAAAAUAAGAGUAUAGCGAUGCAGUCUAAAUGGUGCAGUAAAAAGCAAACGCAUAAUAAACAAUGAACUCGGAUAAACAAAAUGAAUAAAGUAAAUAAAAUUGAUAAUAGGGAAUGUUGCAAAUUUUCAAUAACACUUAGGCUAGUGUGCAGGAGUUAAAAUUUCAAUUAUACAUAUAUGUAUAUAUGUAAUAUACUAACAUACAUAUGUGCAUAUUUGUGUUAUUAAAUCUAUUUAUGUAUAUUUAUGUGCACAUCUCCGAUAGACGAUUUAUAUGACAGCUUAAUGAAAUGCUAAUGAAAUAAGUUUUAACGCUUGCAAAAAAUGAAAAAAAGAAAGCUAGUCCUAAAAUGAACACAUUAACGUUAGUAAAACUAAAAAAAUAUUAAAUUAUACUUGUACACUGAAAAGUUGCAAACAAGUCUAACUGAAAAAAUUAAAUAAAUUAAAUAAGAAGUUUGCCGGUUGUUUGAUUGGACCGCCGACCUUGAGCAGAAAAUUUAUAAAAUUUCGCCUUUAGGUUAAGUGAAAUUUAAAGAGAAAUAGUUUUAUAAAAAAUGAAAUAAUUAAAAAAAAAAUAUAUAAAAGGUACUACAUGAGUAACAACAACAACUAUGGCUGCAGAUGGCGAUUCAAUUAGUAGGAAAAAGUAAAAUAUUUUCUUUUUUCUCACUAAAUUUUGUACAACAUAAACAACACAACACAACAAAAAACAGUACACCUAACUACACGUGCAGAGCACACAUACAUAGGGUGGUGCUUACCUAACAUGUGUGUAUAUUCAGGUAUAUGGAAAUAUGUAUAGAAGCCAAUUACGAGUAAUACUCCAACAACAAAAACUAUUAAGGUCACACCCAUAUUGGUAAAGAAAAAGAGACUAUUUUGCAAAAAAGGAAAAAAAUGCAGCUGAAAAAAAAUUUGAUCCUCCCAAAUGUCAACCAAACAGUUUGGGAUCAUCUAAUCAUUAUGUGCAAUUGCCAAUAAAAAGCGAACAUAACACUCACAUAUACACUUAUAUAUGUAAGCUAAAUACACCUCUACUCACACUAAAAACAAAAAAAAAAAAAAACAGGAAAAAGAAGCCUAUUUAUAAUAAAGCAAAA